UGUCGCGAGUGACAGGUGAGAGGAGGGUAGUGCCAGAUGUACCGCCAAGGAUAAUUCCAUAUUUCCCUUUGCUGCUGAGUGUUAGCGGUCACUAAUAAGGGGCAAAAGCCAUCUGAGUGGGAGGACGAAUGAUUGAGACACGAUGCUGCUGCGUCUGAGGCUGCUGGGACAAGCCAUCUUCCUGCUGGUGGUGGCAGCCAGUUUGAUUCUCCUGUUUGCGGGGCGAGAGCUCAGGACCAGCCCCGUGGACACCUCCCCCGUGGCAGAGAACCCGAGUCCGAGCCUGCAGGUGCGAAGCCAGGAUGGAGGACAGAAGGAGGAGAAGGGAGAGGAGGAGGAGGAGGAGUCCGACCUGCCGCCCCAGGAAGCCGUUCCGCUGAGCUCGCAGGAGAACGACCUCCUGUACAGGCCGCCCCUCGACAUCGCCCUCAUCUUCACCCACGCCAAGGACAACGCGCCCUUCCAGUACAAGCUCCGCGUUGCUGUGGGGUCGCUGCUGCACGCGGCGUCGGCUCCCCUGCGGCUGCACCUCAUCACGGACGACGACGGCUUCCACAUCGCCUCGCAGAUCAUCAACGACGUGCAGGCGAGCAGUCAGCUGGACUCCAGAUACGUCAAGCUGGUGUACGUAGCAGCAGAGGACUUCAUCCCGGAAAUUGAGAGCUCGGUAACUGUCCUGCAGGACUUCUUCACUACAAGGAGGGACGCCUACUACCGAGACGCUCUGUUUUUCUUUUCACUCUUCUUGCACAGACUCCUGCCGGGCUUGGAGCGUAUCAUGCUCAUGGAUAUAGAUAUCAAGGUGAAGGGAGACAUAGCUGAGCUCUACUCCCACUUCGAGCGCUUCAGCCCAACCAACGUAAUGGGGAUGUCCCUAGAGCAGUCUCCCGUGUACCUCCACCUCCUCUCGCUCUAUCGCCGCAGCAACCCUAAGACAUCGUUGGGUAGUCCACCGGGACAGGGGGGCUUCCCAGGCUACAACAGCGGCAUCGUUCUUGUGGACAUCGAGAGGCUCAGGAACUCCAAGAUCAUUAGUAGAUACUUGUCUCGAUCAACACUCACAGAGAAGACAAAGCAGUAUAGCUUCCAGGGCCAUUUGGGAGAUCAGGACCUGUACACCCUUAUAGCCUUCGACCACCCUGAACUCUUCUACACACUCCCCUGUGGCUGGAACAGACAGCUGUGCGAGUGGUGGAGGGGCCAUGGGUACCAGACAGUGUUCGACCAGUAUUUCAACUGCACGGGCGAGCUCAAGAUCAUACACGGGAACUGCAAAACGGAAAUACCAGAAAAUUUGUGAUAUUGUCCAUGCCCUCCACUGGUAUGGGACCAGCAUUGUUGUCAGUCGUUAGCUUUUACAUACCUCAGCAAAGAAAAUUGGGUAAAACAUUCCUCUCAUAAGUUAUUGAUGUAAAACCUUCAUAUUGGAAAACCUAACCAAAUGUGUAGGCAGUCCUUCCACAAUAGCUUAAAUGUUUUUUAUAUAAUCUUUCUUAAAAAAACAAAACAUAUAAACACAACAAAGGUAAGAGAGCCAGUCCUCCGUUAGUAGCUUUCUGCUGUGAUAAUUCUUAGUUCCCUGCCUGUGCUGUGAUCUCUGGUAAAGGAAGACGGUAAAGAUCUUUUUUAUAUAUCAUGUUGAUUGGUAAUGAAACUAAGGACAUACUAAAGAAUGUGGCAUUAAUAAUAGGUGUGAGCUGUGGAUAGGUAAGCAAUUGGGUUUGCUUUUUUGUUAUUCUGAAAGUUAUA